AUGGUGGCUAACACAACCACAAACCUGUGGCAGCUCCUACCACUAGAGCUUGUGGACAAAUGUAUAGGAUUGAGAGCUCACACUGUGAAGAAUAGUGAUAAAGAAAUUGUUGGUACACUUCUAGGAUUGGAUGACCUUGUCAAUAUGCUGUUGGAAGAUGUCACAGUUUGAAAUUGAACCAGAAGGAAGAAGGAUACAAAGUUAGAUGAGAUUAUACUAAAUGGAAACAAUGUAGCAAUGCUGCUUCCUGGUGAAGAAGGGCUGAAGUAG